UUGUCUCGCGCUGUGAUUGGUCGAGCGCUGCUGCAUGGCCGCCUUGCGCCUGUCAAGCUGCACAAAACGGCUGGCCGUUUGUUUGUUUGUUUCGUUAACACCUGCAACGAACAAACAAUAAGGAGAAAUAGAAUUACACCUUUCACUUUGUUUCCCCUCUGAGACCCAGCAAAUAUGGACGUCGAAGAAGAUUCCACGCGCUGACUGACGCCAAUCACGUCGAGUCGGCUGCCUUCCGCCGGGGGGAAACGGGCCACUUCCGUGACGACCGUCGAGGAUGAAGAGAGAAAAGCCACUUAAAAGCUUAAAGUGGAAAUGGAGGCAACUGGCAUGAAUGUCGACCGACAUGACCUUGGGCGUUAAGGAGAACGACGACUUUCUUUGUCACCCUAAGAGAUUGUAGCUUAACUUUCUUGUACCUGUUGCCACCAUGACACGGGUGGCUACGCAGCGUCGUUGGGUUCCGACGCCAUCGAGAAGAUUCAGCAGAGGGCUUUUCAAAUGAAAAUGGAGAAUAUGGCCCUGCCAGGCCCAGACAACAACACCAGGCUGGAGGCCUUGGUCCACGACAUCUACUCUGAGCUGGUGGAGGACGCCUGCCUCGGCCUUUGCUUUGAGGUGCAUCGCGCCGUCAAGCACGGCUACUUCUUCCUGGACGACACCGACCCGGAGAGCGCCAAAGAAUUUGAGAUUGUGGACCAGCCAGGACUGGACAUCUUUGGCCAGGUGUACAACCAGUGGAAGAACAAGGAGUGCGAGUGUCCCAAUUGCAAGCGACUAAUCGCGGCGUCCCGCUUUGCACCGCACCUGGAAAAGUGUCUGGGCAUGGGGCGCAACAGCAGCCGCAUCGCUAGCCGCAGGCUGGCCAGCAACAACAACAACAACAACGUGAGCAAGUCGGAGAGCGACCAGGAAGACAACGACGACCUGAACGACAACGACUGGUCGUACGGCGCCGAGAAGAAAUCCAAGAAGAGAAAGUCCGAUAAGAAUCAAAAUUCACCGCGACGGUCCAAAUCGCUCAAGCACAAAAACGGUGAUCUGGGCAGCAGCAGCAGCAGCAGCAGCAUCUCCUCAGAAGCAUUCAAGUACAAUAACUACAACAACGCCGGGAUCAAUUACGAAACCCUGGGCCCUGACGAAGUCAGGUCGCUGCUGACCACGCAAUGUGGGGUGAUCUCUGAACACACCAAGAAGAUGUGCACCAGGUCUCAGCGCUGUCCCCAGCACACGGACGAGCAGAGGAGGAGCGUCAGGGUGUUCCUCCUGGGGCCGUCCGCGUCGUCCCUCCCUGACCCCGACGCCACGGCCGAGAGCGACGGCUUUGAGCUCCAAGGGGACGGCGGCGGUGGCGGCGGCGGCGGCGGCGGGGCUCACAAUCUCAUCAGCCGCCUGCAGUGGGAAGACUCGCCGGAGAUUUCCCCCACUGACUCCGCCUCAUCCAGAGCCAGCACCAACCAUUCUGACCCUCGUAGGCCGAAGAAGAAGAAGCGGACCUCACUGAUUUUGAACAGCACUUCAGGAGGAGGAGGAGGCGGCGAAGGAACAAGCGGAAGUCUAACAAGUGGCAGCAAUGGAGGCGUCUCGCAGAGUAAUGUUAGCUUGCCCGCCAAAAAAAAGCGGCCCAAACCUCCUGCUCCAUCUAUUUGCAGCAUCUACAAUGACUUGAACUAGCACCAGAGAACAUUUUUCCCCUCCACGUCUCUACGCCUAGGCUCGGAAUGAGGCAUUCAGGUGCAACGCACGCACGCACGCACACACACAUGCAUUCCUCUGCUCGCUCUACUGCUGUGUGUAUUUCAGGUUUAGUGUAACUCAUGUGAAGCGUAUAUGCUAAUUUUGUAUUCUUGUGACAUAUAUUUUGAGUAUUGUUAAGAUUAUCAUGACUUAAUUAUUUGUUGUAAAUGAUGUCACAACACACACAUACACAUAUUUGAUGUAUUUGCACAUGAAAGUGGAAUGGUGGUGGAGAUGGACAAGGUAAGCUCAAAUCUAAUUGUGUCUAUUUUUAUAGUCCUGUGAAGUUUUGUAAAAGUGUUUUGGUGGUGUGAGCUCAAAAUUAACACGUGUAUGUACAUAUAUAUAUAUAUAUAUAUAUAUAUAUAUAUAUAUAUAUGUAUAUAUAAAAAAAAAAAGUCAUUCAUGAGCACUGUCCUUCAUUGCUGACAUUUGUAAAUAAACCAAAAGAGUGGGAAGUUUUUUGUUGUAAUGCUUUUAAUUGGAGACCAUAGACUCCAGAUGUUUUUUUUCCUCAUAAGUGCCGGAUUCAUUUGUUUCAUUCAUUUUAUUUACACUAAAUACACAACAUUGUACACAUGAAAAGACACUAGGCCUGUUCUACUUUAACAAUACAACAUCUCAGCCUUUAAAUGAAUUUCUUCACACCCCAGACAAAAUGUUGGGCUUGAAUCAUGGAUGGAGAAACGGGAGCCAACAAAGCAGAAAUGAAAGCUUGAUCACAGGUCCUCCCCCUCACCUGUGCAAAUGGAUGGGUUAGUUAGUGUGUUAGCAGGAUUGGCCCAAAGGCAU